CAGCAAAGGAGCUUCAAGAGGUGUCCCGAGGAAACAGAGGAUAGAUUCAGAGCUUCUUAUAUAUUUUCUUUCUCUCUCUUCGAGUUUCGCGGACCGGCGACUGAUGUCAUACGGGCCUUGCCACAAGCCACGAGCAAAAGAAAAGAUGGGUGUUGUGGAUCUGGUAUAGGCUUUCUAUGAUAUAACAGCUCACAUCCCAUCUAUUACUUCCUCACUCUUCAAAGCUCCAACAUUUUAACUGAACACUAGCCGCAUACUACCCUAUGGUUUCCAUAGGAAGAAUUUUGAAUUUUAUGGAGUUACUGGCAAUUUACCAUGUCUAAAUCAUUGGAUACAACACUUGCUCCGGGACAGGGGAUGGCCCGUUUUACCCAGAGGAACAUAAUGGGCACGCUGUUUGAGACCACAGCAAGGUAUUGACAAGUACUGCAAUUUGAGCUGGAAGCAAAUUCUUAAAUCUCAUGUUAAAGGUAUCAGCAUUUGGAGCCUGUGGGUAUGGGUAUUACUGGGCUUGUUUGCUCCGCACGAGACCAGAUUUGUCACCAAACUGUUGCUAUAAAGAAGCUGUGUCAGCCCUUCAAGACAGACAACAUUGCCAAGCAUAUGUAUCGCGAGAUCAUUCAUUUAAAAGAUAUUUUCAUAUCUCCAUCGGAAGAGAUUUACCUCGUCACCGAUCUCAUGGCAACGGAUCUUCACGCUCUCUUGAAAACAAAAAAAGUCGACAAUCAAUUUGCGCAGUACUUUUUAUACCAAAUAAUGCGAGGUCUCAAAUACGUACAUUCAGCCGGUGUCAUCCAUCGCGAUCUCAAACCAAGCAACAUCCUAAUCAACGAGAAUUGUGACCUAAAAAUCUGUGAUUUUGGAUUAGCUCGCGCGCAAGAAAUGCAAAUGACUGGCUAUGUCUCUACGAGAUACUACCGUGCACCAGAGAUCAUGCUCACUUGGAAACGAUACAACGAAAAAGUUGACAUCUGGAGUACUGGGUGCAUCUUUGCCGAAAUGAUGACGGGUCGACCGCUGUUCAUGGGGAAAAAUCAUAUCGAUCAAUUCUGUGUCAUCACAGAGCUCCUGGGAAAUCCACCCGGUAACGUUAUGGCUAACAUUACAAGUGAAAAUACUUUGAAAUUCAUCAGAUCCCUCCCCAAGAGAUCUCGUAGGUCUUUGGCCACGAUCAUCCCCACUGCCUGCAGAACAGCCAUCAAUCUACUGGACAAAUUACUCCAAUUUGAUCCAGAGAAGCGUUGUUCUGCAGCCGCCGCACUCGAAUCCGAAUAUCUGGCUCCAUACCAUGAUCCUGAAGAUGAGCCUGUGGCACCAAAAUCUUGCGACUGGUCAUUCCUUGAAGCGGAUCUUUCCGUAGACGUCUGGAAGACGAUCAUGUACGCGGAGGUAUUAGAUUAUCAUGAGCAAUGCGGCGGGCCGUUCCAGCUGACUGCGCAAUUUGACGGCAUGGACCUGGGUUGAAUUUUGUCUCCCAUUCGAGUUUCCUUUAAUUUAUUUUUUGUGGGUGCAUUGUCCGAACCUCAAUUCUCUCAUCUCAGAAGUCGGCGAGGUGUCGUAUCAUUUCCUGGAGGCAUUUCUUUGUGGCGAAAAUGUAUCACAUGGUUACAAUAAGCUUUAAAAGGCGAGAGUCUUGGAGCUAUGUCGCCUAAUCUAAGACGGUUAAGUAGGUAGCCUUUUUCGCAGGAGGUUGAGAUUGUUAAGGGAGAGAGAAACAAAGGAUCUUAUGUUCUG